AUGUCGACGCAAAGAGGCCGCAAUCCUCCUCCACCAUCGUCGUCGUCGCAUCGGAGAAGACCUUCUGCCAACAUUCCGCAAUCCGACGACGACGAGGGCUUACUAGGCUCGCGACAACUUGAAGCCUUUGGCCGCACCGUCCAUGCCACGGCGAGCCACUUUAUCGGUCCUCUCGGGGGUGAUGGCCACCACUACCAAACUGCCCUAGGCGAGAUCCACCGCGAACUACGGCGACCUUUGAUACAGCGCUCUGUCUUUGAGCUUGCCAAAGCUUCUCCCAAGGAACUUGUUCGAUCUACCUUUUCCACCUCCGAAAUACAGCACCGCGCUCUGGUCCACCUCCCCGAUGAUCUCCUCCGCCACAUCCCCGAACGCAGCAGCACAUACUCCCUGUUCCAAGGCUUCCAAGCCUCCAAACCCGAAGAUAAGAAGAAAGCCCCUCGUAGUAACGACAAGGGCCAGAAGCUACUUGGUCACGACAGCGACGAUGAAGCAGAGCCCACCCCCGCGAGCGCCUUGAAAAAGCUCAAGUCUAAGCGGGCAAAUAUGGAUCACCGUCUGGAAAUGAUGGGUAUCCGCAAGAACAUGUGCAUCUCCGAGAUCAAAGAGAUUGACACAAAGAUUGCGAAUUUGAACACAAUGAGAAAGAUUGUCCUUCAACGACUAGCUGGGCACGAGCAGGAGGAGGUCGACCUUGAACAUGAGAUACAGGAAAUGACCGAGAAGCUCCAAGAUAUGCAAGAAGCCAUGGAAGACGCCGCUGCUCUGGCCACAAAGUCACCGCCCUUGGAGCCAACAACAGAGACACCUGCUGCCGACCUGGCCGAGUCCACAGAAACCUUCAUGUCUGAAUCUGUCUAUGAGAAGCUGCCCGCGCCGUCACCGGUCAAGACGGAUAAAGAGAAGGAAAAGGAAAAGGAGAGAAAGAAGCGUCGCGUCAACAGGCGCAAGUCUAUGCCCGUUCUCCACGAACACAUGGAGAAGGGCUCACGCAUUCGUGAAUUCCCCGCCCAUAAUGACAUGAUUACCGCUCUGGACUUUGACGCUCCCUUUGGUACCCUGGUUUCUGCUGCUCUCGAUGACACCGUUCGUGUAUGGGAUCUGAACGCUGGAAGAUGUAUUGGUCUUCUUGAAGGCCACCUUUCUUCUGUCCGCUGCCUUCAAGUAUCGGAAAACUUUGUCGCUACCGGCUCUAUGGAUGCUAGCAUCCGCUUUUGGGAUCUGAAUCAAGCCGAGUACACCCCACCGCCGCCCUCACGGAGCAACAGAUUCGGUCGGGAUACUGAAGAAGAGGAAGCCGACGACGCCGACAUGUUCUCCGACCCCGAAUUGGACCCUCUCCCUAUCGCCCCUACAUCUUCUAUGCAAGAUUGCUUAGUUGUCGAACUCUCUGCUCACGUUGCUGAGGUCACUGCUCUUCACUUCCACAAGAACACCCUUGUUUCUGGUUCGGCUGACAAAACGCUCCGUCAAUGGGAUCUGGAAAAUGGUCGCUGCGUACAGACACUUGAUGUCAUGUGGGCAGCCGCGCAGGCCAGUGUUUCCAACAACACAUUCGGUGCUCCUUCGCCGGCUGCUACAGACCCCACUGCUGCAGAGGGCUGGUGGCGACCUGCUUCUGGACGUCUACCUCCUGCAGAAGCGGACUUCGUUGGCGCUAUCCAAGUAUUCGAGACAGCGCUCGCCUGCGGUACUGCUGAUGGUAUGGUUAGACUUUGGGAUUUGAGAAGUGGAAGUGUUCACCGCAGUUUGGUUGGUCACACAGGACCCAUCACAUCUCUAGCUUUCUCUGGCAUUCAUAUGGUGACUGGCAGUGCCGAUCGCAGUGUUCGCAUCUGGGAUCUUCGUACCGGCGGUAUCAUUGAUGCAUUCGCAUACGACUCACCGAUCGUCGACUCAUCAGUCGAUGCCAGACAUAUCGUGUCGGCCAUUGGCGAGUCUGUGGUCAAGGUAUAUGACAAGACGGAUGGCAACCAAUGGGACUGCGGACCUGGCGCCUCAGCAGAAGAAGAUCAAGGACCGCUCUCGGCCAUCGAACGUGUCCGCAUCAAGGAUGGAUAUCUGGUUGAAGGCAGAAAAGACGGUGUCGUCGGAGUGUGGUCAUGUUGA